AUGUCUUACAACAGGUACAUGGAGGAUGCGUACCGGUACGGGAGUGCCGCUGGUACUAUGGGCGCUAGCGCAGCAGGAGCGCAAAUGAGUCCUGUUUCUGUAUCACCAAUGAGUAUGAACGCUGGCAUGAACACUGGCAUGAACACUGGCAUGAACACUGGCAUGAACACUGGCAUGAACACUGGAAUGAACACUGGAAUGAAUGGUGGAAUGAAUGGUGGAAUGAGCACAGGCGCGUCAACGCCGGGAAGUCAGCUGUAUAUGGGCGACUUGGAUCCCAGCUGGGACGAAGCCGUGGUGAAAGGUAUCUGGGCUGCGCUCGGUGAGGAGAACAUCGGGGUGAGGAUGAUGUGGGGCGGCGAUGCUGAUUUCCACAGAAAGAAUCUCGGAUACUGUUUUGUAGAAUUUCCGUCGCCCGCGCAUGCGUCCAACGCGUUAAUGAAGAACGGCAUGGAGAUCCCUGGGUUUGUGCACAAGAAGCUCAAGUUGAACUGGUCUGCGCAGUCUGUGAACAACGGCAGCGGUGCCUCCGUGGCAAACGGUGCCGUUGCAAACCAGCAAACCAACAACUCCAUAUUCGUGGGUGACCUAGCACCAAGUGUCACUGAGGCACAGCUAUUCGACUUGUUUAUCAACAAAUAUCCAUCCACUGUUCAUGCCAAGGUCAUGUACGACCAACUUACCGGAAUCUCGAAGGGUUACGGGUUUGUUAAGUUCAAGAGCAGCAUGGAUCAGCAAAGAGCGCUGGUUGAAAUGCAAGGCUGUUUCCUGAAUGGUAGAGCCAUCAAGAUUGGUAUUGCAGGUGGUAACAAUAAUAACAACAGCAACAGUAAUUACAAUAACCAGAGAAUGGCCAAUGACAAUAUCUCAAACGGAUUAGGACAACAGUCUAGAUCUCUAAAUGGUCAAUUACCGCAGCAGUUUGUUAACGCAACACCACAGCAGCCUGUCUUAAAUCACUUCACUGAUCCUAAUAAUACAACUGUAUUUGUUGGAGGGUUGUCUCCUUUGGUUACUGAAGAUGAAUUGCGUUCUUACUUCGAGCCCUUCGGCACUAUUAUUUACGUUAAGAUUCCUGCAGGAAAGGGAUGUGGAUUUGUUCAGUAUGUGGAAAGAUCAUCUGCAGAGACUGCUAUUACGAAAAUGCAAGGGUUCCCUAUUGCAAAUUCAAGAGUCAGACUUUCUUGGGGUAGAUCCGCUAAGAAAACUGCUUUGAUUCAAAAGGCAUUGUUAAGGAGUCGCGAAACGAAUUAUCAGCAACAAUUGCCACAACAAGGCCAACCACUGCAGUCACAGUUGCAAUUGCAACAGCAGCAACAGCAACAGCAACAGCAAUUGCAACAACAGCAACCUUUACUAUACGGAUACUCGCCUGUCAACUUAAAUAAUGGCUCUGGUUUGAGUACUAGUCAAAACAUGCUGUCUGAUAUUUAUCAACCUGAAGAACAAAAUCUUAACGGUUAUGACUUACUACCUGGACGGGAAAACUUAAACUAUGUUAAUGUUUUACCUUCAAGAGAUCUUUACGCUUAUAACCAAAUUGGCAAUCAACCUAUUGUAAAUAACGGCAUGCCAAAUUUGAGUGUUACUAAUGAUUUAUCUGUGAAUAAUACAACGGCAGCACUAGAACGUCUGAAUUCGGGUACGGCUAGCUUUUCCUUUGUUUGA